CACAAGUUUGAAAAGGCCCUAAAAUUAAAACGAUUCUGCUAUACUCAAAGAAAAUUAAUUCAAUCCCCACCACGAAAACAAAACUUUCACCAUGAGUACGGCAAUGUUCGCGAGAGUUACAUUCUACCCAACCCUUUUGUACAAUGUCUUCAUGGAGAAGGUGACCAGUAGACGCUGGUAUGACAGAAUCGAUGACACGGUUAUCCUAGGAGCCCUGCCCUUUCAAGGAAUGACAAAACAGUUAAAAGAAGAGGAGAAUGUGAAAGGAGUUGUCUCAAUGAAUGAGACAUAUGAGCUACAAUUGUUCUCUAAUGAUGCAGAGAGAUGGCGAGAACACAAAGUGGAAUUCCUACAGUUGGCCACAACAGAUAUUUUUGAGGCCCCCAAUCAAGACAAAUUAUUCGAAGGAGUCGUGUUUAUAAACAGAUUCCUGCCGUUAGACAACAAACUGUCGGGAGUCCCUGCCGACGUGGGGCAGAUCAACACCGGCACCGUAUACGUUCACUGCAAGGCGGGUAGGACGAGGAGCGCCACGCUCGUGGGCUGCUAUCUUAUGAUGAAAAACGGUUGGUCACCCCACGAAGCGGUGGAGUACAUGAGAUCGAGGCGUCCACACAUACUUCUGCACACGAAGCAGUGGGAGGCCCUCGAUAUAUUCCACAGACAACACGUGCGGACGUGACCUGCUCCUACCAUAAACAAUGUAGAUAGCGCAAUUUUUAACCAUAGACAAAUCAAGUAACCGAACAAGGUCCGAUCGUGAUAAAACUCAUUGUUUUAAUAGUUGCUUGUAAUAAUAAUUUAUAUCUAGCUCAAUUUUAAUUAAUGUCAGGCGUUAUCUCUUCUGUGUGACGUAUUAAGUUAAUAGGUUAUUAAAUUAAGAACCGGAUAUAAAAAAAAAAUAUUUUAUGACAAACGAUUAGUGCAACCAUAAAGCCAAUUAAUUUACAGGUACUCUCAAGAAUUGAAAUACGAAACGCAGUGAACUGAAUAGGGUUUGAAUUGAAAAUCCGAACUAAAUUAAGUAAAUACGCUUAUAUUCCAGAAAAAAUAUGUAGUCUUACAAAUUCUAUUUAUACUCUGGCUCGAUCACCGUAGAUUUUUUUUCAGUUAUGUCAGAAUAUGUUGAUCCAAUCGGAAGAUAAUUAAUGGUAGAUAAGUUGAUUUUGGUUUUAAGCUUAGAACAGUAUUAAAACUAUCCAAUCUCGUGUCUCAAAGUGGAGGAAGAAUUCGCAUAGGUAGGCAGCGACUUGGCUCUGCCCCUGGCAUUGCUGAGGUCCAUGGGCGACGGUAACCACUCACCAUCUGGUGGGCCGUAUGCUAAUCUGUCUACAAGGGCAAUAAAAAAAUGUAUUUUGGUACAAUGGUACAUGGUAAACAGGAUUUAUGGAAAUCAUCACAGCUCAAAUCUAAUAAUAAAUAUAAUAAUAUUUGUGUUUGUUCAUUCUGUGAGUCAUACCAUCCUCCAGUACGGUAGGAUGGUAUGACUCACAGAUCAUAGAAACACAGAUUAUCUGUGGUAUGACUUGGAACUUGCGUGUUUUUGCUGCCAUAUUCAUUGACAGAUGGUGCGGGAGUAGUUUGAAUAUGCGCUUGUGUGUCAUACAUGCGUCAGAGACAGAGGACGAGCCAAUUUCACUAGUUUUAAAUAAAAUAACGCAUUGUAAUUUUUCUAAAUACGUACCUACUUACACACGGCAAUCAAACGAAUUUUACUAAUGUAAUAUUUAAAUUGUUAUUAUUACUGUGAAACUGUGUUAUUGAGACUUGUAAAUAGUAUAUUUUAU